AUGGCGAGCUGGCGGAAUCGGGUCAAGCGCGCGGCGUCACGGUGUCUCCCCAACGCCCGGAUCAUCCUCAACGCCACCCCUACACCGCCGUCACUCGAGGCAGUCAAGCCCUUGGCCCGCAGCCUCCCUCAUUUCGGCAUCCUCGACCUUCCGGCUGAGCUUGUCCUCCUCAUCACUCGAUACACCUCCGGCGACCCCACUGCCCUCUCGGACGCGCAAUUCUCGCGGUUACGAAAGGAGGCGCAAGGUAGCGAGGGCCUUCGUAUAUUGGUCAAGAUGGACGCGAGGUUAGUGAAGAAAUACGCAGAGGAUGGGGUGAUGGGCUACGGAGCGGAGAGAUGCGGUGAAGCGGGCAAAAGAUGGCGUGAACGUCAGCGGACACAGAUGGUCAUGACGGAUUGGCUGGAGUCGGGGGACUGGGACAAGUGGGAGCGGGAUGCCUAG